AUGCAACCUCGAAAUGUCGACUCGGUAGUCAUUGACAGUCUAAAUCGAAAAGAUGAAGGAGUAUCUCCGGAAGCCAAAACUACUAUGAUUAUGGACAGAAAAAUCGGCUGCGGUUCCGGCCCAUUCAGACCAUUUAACACUAACCAACAGAAGGUCGUCGGUGUUACUGAAGCCAUUAAGAAUUCCUGGCCUGGCAUAGUUGCCCUGAAGAACAACGGCCGUCAAUUCUGUGGUGGAUCAUUGAUAUCUCCGACUCACAUCCUGACAUCGGCUCAUUGCGUAGCUCAUAUGUCUUCGAGGGACGUUUCACGAUUGACCGUGGAGCUGGGCAUACACUUUCUCAAACUGAUCAGUGACGGCCAAGUGUCGAAGAAAGUCCGUCGUGUGAUCCGUCACAAAGGAUUCGAUUCGAGGACCUUGUACAACGACAUUGCCGUUUUGACGAUGGAGUCUCCCGUGUUUUUCACGUCUGUAAUUUCACCUGUCUGCUUGCCACCGUUAGGAUCGAAUGACCAGUACACAGAUAAAGAUGCAGCGGUGAUAGGAUGGGGAGCCCUGAAAGAAGGGGGAUCUCAGCCGAAUGCUCUGCAACAAGUCACUGUUCAGAUCAUUGCCAAUUCAAAAUGCAAAAGCAGCUACGGGAGUGACGCACGUGGAGGGAUCGUCGAUCACAUGCUGUGCACUGCUUAUCCCGGCAAAGAUGCUUGCAGUGGUGACAGUGGCGGGCCACUUCUCGUCCAGUCGUCUCCAGGAUCCCCUUGGAUCCAGGCUGGAAUCGUUAGUGGGGGAAUCGGAUGCGUCCAAGCGAAAUAUCCCGGCGUGUACACCAGAGUGACGUCAUUCACGAACUGGAUCGGGAAAAACACCGUGUAA